GUACGGAGCUGAUUACAACGACUCCAGCAUCCGGGAUGUUUUCGUGUCGGGCCUGUCACCCUCCACGACUCAGCAAACCAUCCCGGCUGGAACGUCCAAGAUCAGCCAGGAGUUCAUCGAGGAAGUCACCUGCAACUUCACGAUGGCAGAUACGGUAGUGAGCGUCUUCUACAACGGAGUUGACAUCUCCAGUGCUGUCAAUGGCACCUUUAACGACUGGACAAGCACAAAGCGGCUUUCCUUCCGGAAGGUGCCAGGAGCUUAUCUGGUUCUAUCCGGCAGCAGCCUGGUCGACUCAAGUUGGUGCUCCCCCACGGAAGACGUCUGUCUUGCUGGCAAGCUCUUGGUUGGAGACUUCAACUUCUGCCUCUACGCCGGGUUCAGCAUCAAAUGCUCAGACGGCGUCACCGGUGGCAGUGGCUGGGAGGCCUAUGGCUCGAACACUGCCAUCGAUGCCACGCACCAGGUUGGACUUGGCUCGGGCUGGAGCCGUGCACCCUGCACCUCAGAGUCCGGCUUCUACCUGGUGGAUUACGAUGCUGGAGCCAAGAUCUGGGCCCCGGCGGGCGAGCGCCACGCCGUCUUCC